CCAGGCAGGAGUCCGAUCGUGCUCGAGUCGUGUGCCGAUUCUGCGAUAUCCCACAUCCUUGUGCCAGUGGGCGAAAGGAAAACUCAGUAUUUUCCCUGCGAGUGAUACGCGAACAUCGAACAGUCAGUGGCAGAUUUUUGAGCUACGCUUUCGUCGUUCUUGUACGCAAAAUCGUCUUGCAGCCUUUCCACGUGAGGUUGGGUGUCUAGAGCCCGAUGACGAAUUGCUAAAACGCAACGUAGCGUUUUCUAAAUUUGUUUCCAAGUGAAGGCGAGAUUGGGAUUUACCCCGUAGAGCGCGGCUGAAGUGAGAUAAAUUAUUUCUACUAGAAUAUUGCGUGUUUCUUUGUUUUCCGUCUGAGCCGGGAAGUCGCCUGGCCAGGAGAAUUCUGAGGAAAAUCCUCGCUUUGAAAGUGCGAAACAAAACCAACCGCAGGUGUUUAUGUGAGCUUCUUCCUGCCGGAUGACGAUGCAGUUGAUAAAUGGCCGUAGCGGUAAAAGCAGUUGCCAGGAUCCCGUUUCGUCAUUUCGUCAAUGAAACGUCGCUUGCGGUUUGACCUGGUUUCUUUAGUGUGUGAAUUCGAAGAACGGUUCUGUGGUGCACCGGAAAGUCGGCCAAAUUUGAAGCUCACUCGAAAAUCAAAAUAAAAAAGUAGUCCAUUCGGUUGAAUAAAGUGGUAAAGUGAGCGAAAAGGCCGUGGUUUGUUGGGGGGGUUUUCAUUCCGUUUUUUCUCCUGCUUUUAUACCGGAAGCAAUUCGGGAUGCACAUUUAUGCGCGUACCCUUGUGUAUUAGUUUACAUUUAUUUUGGUGGUGCGAUUUGAAGAGGGAACAAAAAAAUUAAUACAAUUUGCCAAGUAAGAGUAUAAAUACAAUAUCACAAAGUGCAAAGGUCAGUUGAGUGCAGUGCAUGGAAAAGGAAAAAGUAGAAUUUAAUACAAACAACAAAUUGUGAGCUUCAGUGCUGGGAAUCACUGAUUGCCCCAAGUGGAAAGAGAGAUUGUUCAGAAUUUUGUGCUCGAUACCUAUAGGAGGCACAUCUGUACCCCGGUGUCAGUGGAUGGGAAAUCGGUAUACGUGUGUAUUUAUUGCGGUAGUAAAUAUGUAUGACUAGACUAAAUCGGCUCGAGUCCACAAAAUAGUCCGCGGUGGCUGCCAGACAAAAAGGCAGAGUGCACCCCGAUAUUGGCGCGCUUUCUCGGUUGCGCCAACAAUAGCGAUAAUAGCCAAAUAAAAUAUAUCGCUCUACUGAAGGCAGGCAAUGCAGUGACACAGGUUCUAGCUCAAGUUCCAAAAUACCGGGUGUACACACGUACCGAAGUACACACACAUACGCAGCCCAAGCCCAAGUACAGUGAGUGUGCCAAAAAAGUAGCAAAGCAUUGAAAGUUUCACUGUCGAGUCAAAGAAUUCCCAAAUUGAAAUCGCUGAAUAAAAGAUCUCGACUUGUAGAGGAGCCGAAAAUAUCAGCGGGCCGUCUGUGUAUUUGUGUCUAGUGUAAGUGUGCGAUACACGUGAUAUCAGUUUUCGAGCAGAAGACCGCCGAGCUCAGCCGGCAAAGGCAAGACGUGGAUUGUCUCUAAAGAGGAUUAACAUUUCAUUGAAUAGAAACAAAAGCAGCAGUUUUCACUUCCGUCGCAUUGGGAGCUGUAGUGAAGCCCGUUUCUGGUGUGAUCCUCGUGUUUACAGUAUACCAACAGCUAUAGCAGUGGAAGUUGGCGAGCGGAAGUAAAACCUAGUGCGACACGCUACAUAUUUUACACCAGGCUUGGGCCAGUGCAAUGCUUUGAAUGGAUGAACAAAAAAAAAAAAUUAAAAACCUGAAGGCAUCAGCACCAGGAAAAUAAUGGACGCGCAAAUUACGGCAAAAAGUGCUAAUCCUUUGCAGCACGCUUCGGGAAUAGCCGCUUCGGCAAACUGACGGGCAGUACUUUACCUUCCUAGAUAGUUGGCAUCGGCGGCGGAGGCCAUUAGAGGAUCUGCACGCGUUGUGCACUCGCGACAGGACAGUCGCCGGUUGUAGCAAAAGAAAAAAAUACUAGCUACUCCGUACUACGAGGACCUCUCCAGCAAAUAUAGACCCUACGGUGGUGGGCAAGUGCAUGUACCUGUGUGUGUAAUUGUGCAAUCUUUCCGAUCCGGUGAUUGAGUGUUCAAGUGAAGAUAUAUUGCAGAGAGAAGAAAGUGGUGUAAAAUGAUGUGUACUGUGCAGCAUGAAUCAAUCUCUAUCGGCGAGGAUACCGCCCUAGCCGGUAAUGGCCGUAACGAAAGCAGCAGUUCCGAUAGUAGCUGCAACAACAACAGCAAUCAAGCUGCCAUGCUUGAUUGCACUUCCCUCCAACGUUACGUGCGCGGUGUCGGGUUCGUGUUGCUUGUCUCGCUUGGUUGCUGCUGGUUCCUUCCGGUGACGGAUGCAGCCAUUUCCAAUCGAGGAAGCAGCAGCAGUAGUAGUAAAAGUCUGUCAUCGACUAACAAUGGACUGGUGCCACGGUUCAUCUCACGAGGGCACACCUAUCGGGCAGUCGUGGGUGACACCCUGGUGCUACCCUGUGAGGUUGAAAAUCUAGGCACUCUGGUGUUGCUGUGGCGACGGGGCACCAACGUUCUGACGGCCUCGCAGCUAAUGGUAACCCGGGACGAACGGAUACGACUGGUCAACGGAUACAACCUGGAAAUCUCCGAACUAGAACCACAGGAUGCUGGUGACUACGUGUGCCAGAUUAGUGACAAGAUCAACAAAGACCAGGUGCACACCGUGGAAAUACUCGUUCCGCCCAGCGUUCGAGCGAUACCUCCCAGCGGGCAGCUGACAGCUCGGAAAGGUGGAGCAGUAACUCUAGAAUGCAAAGCAUCCGGCAAUCCGGUUCCUUCCAUCUACUGGACGAAGCGGAGUGGUGCGGGCAAGUCAGCGGCCAAAAUCGGCGAAGGACCCAUCCUAACUCUUGAACGUGUGGAACGGCAACAGGCAGGGGUGUACCAGUGCACGGCAGAUAACAACGUUGGCGAUCCGGUUACCGUGGAUAUGCGACUCGAUGUGCUAUAUCCGCCCGAUAUCAGCGUGGACAAGUCCUGGAUCCACUCCGGCGAGGGCUUCGAAGCACAGCUCGAGUGCAUUGUUCAUGCCGAUCCGCAACCCACGGUUUCAUGGUAUCAAAACUCAUUUCCGAUUCAGCCGACCGACAGGCGGACCAUGUCAUCAAGAGGAAAUCGACACACGCUGACCAUCCGACAUGUCCAACAGGAAGACUUCGGCAACUAUAGCUGCGUUGCGGACAAUACACUUGGACGCUCGAAAAAGUAUAUGGAGGUGUCCGGUCGACCGGGGCCAGCCGAAUUUGUGUCACCACCCUGGAGCCGCUCACCCGAUAGCUACAAUCUGACGUGGAAGGUGGAAAGCUAUCCACCGCUGCUCGAGGUCCGUCUGCUCUACCGGAAGCUGAUGAUGAACGAAACAUUCCAACAACCAGGCCGAUGGCAUGAUGUCAUCUUGACGCCUUCUCCAAGGCCGAUCUCAGAACCGCUAACACAUGUUAUGGCAUUCACUUUACGUGGAUUGCUUCCCAGUUCGGUGUAUGAAUCCAUUGUGCAAGCGAAGAACCGCUACGGAUGGAACGAGGUCAGCGACAUCUUCCAGUUUUACACUCAGAGAAUAUCGUCCGACAUCCACUCGGAGGAGAUGCAGGUGGCCAGUUCCACAUCCAGGAGCAGUGCCGCCACAUUGCAUCGAAUUCAAACGGACAGCAAUGUAAGAUAUCUGAUGCUGGCACUCAUCGUCUGCCGGCUGCUAGUGAGCAACAAUCUGCAACGAAAUCUUUAAGGUUAUUUCACGAGAGGUUAAGAUACAACAACACAAAAUAGCAGAAAUGUAGUAAUACCCACCCUCAGUCAUUGCACCACUUUAUCUAUCUCUGUCUCUCUCUCUCUCUCUCUCUCUGUAUAUUGUAAUUCCUGUCCCCUUUUAAAGAAACAAUGAGUUUUUAUUUCCACUGGCGGAGGUUUUUUAAGACCCCUUAUCAGAGAAAAUGCUAUUUUGCUCUAGCCAUACCCUAUCUUUCAUAGUUCGUCUAGUUAUGGUGUACACACAAGUUCGUAAUAUGCAAUUCUAGAAAAAUCAAGACUACAUUUCCAAUGAAACGUGGAAAAAAACGCAAAUGGUAUAUACAAAUGAUAUUACAUGUUAUUAUCAGUUUUCAUCUGGAAAUCUUUAAAAUACAACAACACAACUCACACUCCGCAUACGAGAUAUUGUAUUUUUUUUUUUUCAGGAUGUGGGGAAAAGUGUAACUAUUCGAACCUGAUUCAUCGUAGUCGGUAUCAAAUGUCAUAUGCUGCGUUAUUUUUUUUCCUGUAUGAAGCACACAUUAUGCUAAGUUUCUGCGAGUUCAGCAAAAAGCACGAAUCUACUGACUGUCAUUAAAAAUAAGCCACCUCCGAAAAAGUAUAUUAAAAAUGAUUUGCCGAAAUUUACGUAAAAGUCAGCAGUUUUAGGUUACUUGACUUGAUGGUACCACUUAACUCGAUCGUUCAUAAUCUGAGGAGCCAGUUGCGAAUUGAACCUACAGACCGCAAAUUAUUUUUUUCUUGACGUAGAACUACGUCUUCGCAAUCUGAGAUGAGCAUGUAUUAACGAGAGGAGCUGUUUUCAAAUGCUAAUAACUUUCACACAACUGUACGGAAUGUAAUAACUAAUGUGUCGUUGAAUAGCUGAAACACAAAUCUUAUCUUAUAUAUCCUUUUAACCUAGCAGAAAUUGAGGGAAUGUUCCACAAAAAUUGAGGGAAUGUUUCUUAAAAAGCAAACAUCGAAAAGUAGCUUUUAUGUUUUUUGAGUCAAAUUUAUGAAACGAAUCACCGUCCUGGUAGUAAAAACGAUAAUGGCACCUCCGUAUUGCGAAUGUUUUAAUUUGGCAUUUUUUCUGACCUUUACGGUUGCUCACCACCUUUGUUAAUUUACCUUCAUGGGACAAAAGCCGAAGUUCCAUUGAUAGAACAAACAUAGCUGAAAAGGUACGAAUCGUUCUGCUUAACCCUGCCAUCGCUCGUAACGAAGUUUUCUUUUCCAAUUCUGUUGUGCUCAAACAUACAAUUCGCCAGCGCCGACACACGAUACUGAUAUAGGAUAUUCAUACUCGUACACCAAGUAAGCAAAAAAACCCACACACACAUUAGCUUAGUCAUAUAAUAAGAUGCAAAUCAGCUCAGCUGGGUGUUGUCCAUGUUAAUGCUAGUUUUCGUCCCGACCCGGUUGGGGCGUAUCAGCUAAUCGACUAUUCCUCAAACGUAUAUAUUUUUGUACAAAAGUUUUUACGCUGUCGCCUUCAAAUAAGGUAAGAGAAGAAAAACGAAAUAACGUCGCCAAAAAUUUUCACCACUACAAAGCCACAGUGGUAAGCAGAAAGGCAUUUUUGCAUCAUUCCCGUUCGCUUUGUAGUACAACCACAAGCACAACCCCUUGCGUUCGCUGGAGAAAACAAGAAAAAAAACGGAACCUGUACAUGUGUAAAUGUAACCGAUCGACUGUGAACUAAUACUUGUGUGGAAUGUUUGUGAGAAGCAAAUGUCAAAUUGCAUUCGAUCUCAAUUCUUUAGGGUCGCAUUGUUGUCAUUUUAUGUAACGUAAAGCGUUUCUGCAAGCUCAAUUCGAUCUUUAUACAAUAUAUAAAAAAUGCACCCCAGUGAACGCCGUAGGUUAACGACAUUAAUCACCCGUUAUAACGUUAAAAACAGCACAGCUUCAUCCCGAUUUUACUUUUGUUUUGCCUAAAUAUAGGCCAGAUUCCUAUGCCCAACGAUAAGUCAAUAGGACUGUGGAAACCCGGGAAAGCACAAACUCUGUGACCAUGAAUGAAGCUGAAACCGCACAUAAUACCAGCCUGCGCAUAAGAGAGUGAUAAAGCUGAUGCAGCGAGCGCCAGUGACAAAUUAUGUGAAUUAAAAUAUUCACAAACAACCAUCGCAAAACUGCGAUAUUUAAACCCGUCAGACCUGCUGCAGUUGUUAACAGACGCGCGAAGAGCGAUGCCAAAACCUUCCAGUGAAUUUUGACUUUUUAAUUUCAUUAUUUUCAUUCACACCCUUGAAGAAGGACACUUCAGACACUGGAAACGUCGGUAAAUUAAAAAAAAAAUUAGAAUGCUGAAGAAAACACAUGUUUCACCGCGAUAUUUUGGUGCCGAUUGCUCCUCGCUCCGUUGAACCCACCGCUUAGUUGAUAAAAGUUUCAUUUCUCGUCAAAAACCCUUAUUUUCUUUUAAAUAUGGCUGCAAAUAAUUUCCAGAAAUAAACUAAUACAGUCAUACCUCGAUAUAAGGCAACCUCGAUAUAACGUAACUUUUUAAAAUGUAUUGAAAUUGAAAAUAAAUGACACAGCAACUGGUUUUGGGGUAUGAAUUGCUUCAAAAAAAUGUUUGUAGUAAGUUCUGAAACCAAUGAAACCAAUGCGAAAAUUAUCCUAAAUGGGCAUAAGAUAGGCUCAGAAAUACUAAUAGGUAAUGGAAAAUAGGUUUUCACGCACCCUUCAGUAACAAUUCACAGUCUUGCAUCAAUUGAAAAAAAAAAUUUUUUUUGCUGGUUAGAAUUUUCUCUAAAUGGGCAUAAAAAAGGUUUAAAAAUACUGAUAGGUGAUGGGAAAUAGGUUUACGUACCUUUUUGAGUAACCAUCAACAGUCUUGCAUCAAUUACAAAACUUUUUUUUUGCUUGUUGAAAAUUGUCCUAAAUGGGCAUAAAAAUGGUUUAAAAACACUGAUAGGUGCUGGGUAAUAGGUUUUCACGCAUCUUUGAGUAGCCUCUUGUAUCAACUGAAAAAAAAAUUUUUUUUGCUUUUGAGAAUAUUUCUAAAUGGGCAUAAGAAGGGUUGAAAAACACUGAUAUGUUAUGGGAAAAAAAGGUUUUCGCGCAUCUUCGAGUAACCAUUAACGUUCUUGCGUGAAUUAAAAAAAUUUUUUUUGCUUCGAUAUAACGUAACGAAAAUACAAAUAAAGUUGCCUCAUAUCGAGGUAUGACUACAUUAUUUUUAACCCAAAAAAUAGUAAUUUCAAGUGACAGCGCUGCCUGAUAUGUUUUUUUUCCCAUUUGAAAAAAUAAUAGAAGGGUUGUAUACAAGCAACGACCGCAAGGAUGACAUUGAACUACCUAAGAAAUUUCCACAGUUGGUGCAAGCUAAAAUGCUAGCGCAAAGCCAGUAGAGAAAACAGUUUAAGCUUUAACUCAUUUGUUUGGUUGUUCUGAAAAGAACAAUUUGUGCAUCAAUUUAAAGUCCUAUAUUAUGUCUGUUCUACCCGCGACUGUGAGUAUUACGGCACUCUGAGAACACAGCAGAAAUCUUUUUUAAUAUUAAAACCUAGAUAUGUUAUGAUUGCCAAGAUCCAGAAAGCUUGUGUUGUAGUCAAAGCAUAGCAGAGCUUCACCGGAAAAAAUUCCGCUACCGCCACCGGUGCCACUGCUGCGGAAUUAUUUCCGACGAACGCACGAUCCAAAAGUAAAAUGAUUUGUUUGAGCAGAAACUCAAAGCCCAUGGUAAUGCUUUGAGAGCCCGCAUCUGUUUUAUAACUAGCUCCUCCCUUUUGUUAGGUUUUGUCUUCUCUCAGUUUCGGUCAAUGCAAGACGCAAUGAUUUUAACUCUACGUUGGCAACCAGCGAAAAAUGACCGGCUGAUGAGCACUCACAUAGGCAACAAUUUGAGUCGUAUAGUGUUGGGUCUUGGAACGACAAGCGUUUUUUUUUUUUGCUCUGGUCAGAUGAAAGUAGAUAGCAAAAAAGUCAGUGCUCUUUCAGCUAUGUAACAUUUGAUUACGCUGUUGCGUUUUAAUAUGUAUUUUCUUUUAAUUGUCAUUUUUGAUUUGGCUAAAACAUUACAUAGACGUUUCUAUAGGCAAAAGAUGCCAUUUUUUGCUAUUGGUUUAUUUUUUGGAACACGACUCAUUUUUGAGAAGCUAUUGAAAAAUUCUAUUUUGGAAAGGUAUUGAUUAUUACAAAUAUUUUAGGGCCAAAACGGUGCGUUUGAUCGAUGAAUGUCUUCAACAAAGUUGUAGAUAAUAGUUCUGUCUUUCCGGGAAAAAUAUGCACUCUGAAAAAAAAAUUAUUAAAAAAAAAGUUAAAAGAAAAAUUAAAACUAAUUAUCUAAAAAACCUCAUUUUUUAAAUCUAUUUUUUUUUAUAAAAACUAUUAAAGAUUACCUUAACAAUGCAACCAAACUGAUCAUGGAGAAAUCAGGUAAAAAAAGUUAUGAUAUUUUGAAAAGGGAAAUUAUUCAAUUUUCGAGGGUACAAUAGAAAAUUAGAAUUAGAAGUGCUACAGUAAAUUUUUUUUAACGCAAUUCAGUAUCAUUCGCUAAUUCAUCAGAAAAGAAGCAUGAAUGCUGGCAAUGUUGGUCUUCUCGAUCGGAAGACACUGGGUAAUUUGAUCGGGUUCCGUUCCCUAGGUAAGUACGGUAUCUGAAAGGUGCUCCUCCAAGAACGGAACCAGUAUCUUCUGCAAGCACUUCACCUAGUUCAGCUUCUGGUUGAUAGCAAGUCAGUUUUAAAAGAUUCCUUUUUCUUUUUCGUCAUGAUCUUUGCCGAACAGCCACUAUCGGUCUUUCGCUCGACCAGAUGCCAGGAUCCGGCAAACAGUGCUUACGGGCACAUCUUCGUCUUGAAAGUGGUCUAUUGUAAACUUUCCACCUUGACUUGGCCUAACAAGCCAGUCGUUGUAGGUUCGAGACUCGGCUCGGGAGAGACUGUUAGUGUCAGUCAGUCAGUCGGUCAGUGCGAAGUAUGUGUAUAAUAAACAGAAGGCCGAGUACGGAAUUAGAAUGUAACACCAAGGCUUUGCUUUUUACUUCUUUACAGAAAGGUUUUGAUCUGUCUCAUUUUUUGAACGCCCGAUAAAAUCGGAUAUGAUGCUGAUUGAAUUUCUCUACCUAGUUGGGACCGUCCUUCUCACCAUCUAUAGUAAAUAGGUUAGUUUAAACAGAAGUAGGUUUUUUUGAAGCACAAAGAGCGAUAUAAUUUUCUGUUUACCAUGUUAAGCAUUAAGCGACCAAUCAGAGAUCUAAAUCUGCGUUUUAAUAAGGCUUGAACAAUUUCAAUAGUUAAAUAGUUCGCAGUAAUAAAAUUUAUUUUUUUUUGCAUUUGGGCAGUUGCAUAGAUGAUGUCCUAAUCCUUUGCUACUAGAUUGAAGGAAAUCCGCUGUAAACAAUGGGGCCAUCCACAUACCAAGUGGACAGAUUUUUAACGAUUUUGACCCUCCCCCACCUCCCCCUCCGUGGACAACUGCCCAUAUAAAUUCUAAAAAAAAUUGUAUGGACCGUGGACAUUAGCCAAACUAGCAUUUUUUGGCUAAUGAUUGUUUUUCAUCUGAAAUUUGAUAAUUUCAUGAUGUUCCUGAGAAAAUUUACACACAAAUGUACAUAAGGGACUUGUGUGCAAUUGCUCGCAGUCCAGUAUCUUUACAUCAGGAAAGUCGGAAUUCUUAAAACAACCUAAACCGCCUUCAAAGAGUCGAUCUCCACGUCUCGCGCUGGACGAUACCGCCAAGUAAAGAGCUCAGAACGAGCUAGAUUGUUGGCCUGAUUCAGGUCGUUGACCACGACAUGGAGCUUGUUCGGUUUGACCCUUAGAAUUUCGGUCAUGGCAGUGGCCGGGAAUAAAUAGUCAGGAGGCUCGACGAUUCGUCUGGGUGAAGCCUGAUACGAGAGGGAACUGAGGAGUUAAUAUCGGAGAAGAGGUAGAAGGGUCAGGCUCGGAAAUUGAAAGAUUUACAUUCAUCGCACUCAAGCACACCUGUACAAGUGACAAGAACUACGUACCGUUUUUCUUUUUCUGUUUUGUGUAAAGCGUUCGUCCACUGGAACACAAAGCACUUGAAACAUAAAUCUUCUGAGCAGCUGCGAAGCGACACAGUUACACAAAGGCGUGUGACCUUGAGCGCGGAAUAAUUAUAUCUAGCGUAGCACUCUAAUACAACGCGACCGGGUGAACAAUUGCAUGUAUUGUAUUCUAUCGGAGCUUUCAAGACCCAGCAUAAUAGGUUGUCGUCAAUAAAAUAAUUUAUUCUUGUUAAUUUUACCACACGUUGCAAUAAAAUGUAGUAUUGAGGAUAGAAACAUAGAACACUAUUAUUCAUCUUACAGUUGACAAAAAUGCUUCUGAGAAUAAAUUAAUAUGAUCUCUGCAAACAUACCCGAACACAUUUGUUGUUGUUCUCCGCAAUAUGUGGAAAGAGUAGAGUGAGUAUUCACCGGGGAGCUGCGUAGCCGCAAGGUUACAGAGGCCGCUUUGUCAAGCGGAUAGUCAUGGGUUCGAAUCUUUGUAGAAUCAGGCCAUCCGAUGUCAAAAAGGACUUAAGCAUGGGUUUAUUCUCAGGCUCCCCACCAAUUACCCUUCUUUUACGCUGAAAUCUACAAAUACCUUUGCCUGACUUCCUCUUAACAAAAAAAUAAGUCCCUCUUAUCAAUAAAGCUGGCCAGAAGGACGCACGACGAAACUUCUCCAGAGAAUUAUAAUUGGUGAUAUUUGGCAAGAGGAACGAGUAUCGGUAUAGUAGAACAGUAAGCGUGUAAGGAAGAGUAGCACAUUAAAUACACACAAGCACUGAAGAACAAUAAUAAUAAGCAUGCCACUUCUCAAUAGAGGUAUUGCUAUUAACAGAAGUGCGGGAUACAGCAGACACCCAGGCAUAUCUCACAAUAGAUCUACGAUUCUGGUCGCAGUGAAGAAGCCCAUACAGGAAAAAAAAAUUCACCGCUUACAUCUUGGCCAACAUGAGUGUUGCGUAUAACAAUUUUUUACAUCAAGCUUUUUUCUUCUGUUUUGUGUUGUGUUUCAGCUGCUCGCAGAAAAAAUAACAUACUCACUACUAACGCCCGGAAGAGCCAAUGUUCCAGUUUGAACUGGAUUAUUGCAGUUUUUUUCGAGUGAUCCAGUCAUGCAGUUGGACCACAAACCACAAUCCAGUUUUUGUAUAUUUUUACCAGUUUUAUCCAGAAUUUUUAUCAGCUCCCAUUGUAACUUGAUGCGUCUUCAAAAGUUCUUUAAGAUGGAGUAAAUAAAGUUUUCAUUGAUUUUCCUCUCGCACGAAAUUCAGCUAAAUUGAUAGCAACAUGACAUGACAUAGAGUUAAAAAAAUCAUUAAAAGCAAUGUAGAAGAAAAGUGACCAAUAAUGGAUAAAGCAAUCUUUUUUAAAGUCGGUAAAAUUUGUAAUCGAAUAGCGCUGACUCGGGCUCGAAGUUGAAUUGUGACCUGGAGCAAGAAAACUACAUGUUAAGUGAUUAGAUUGAUGGAGCCUUGUCAUAUCUGUAGGGUAUAAUCUUUAGGCGUCGUACACAAAUUACGUAACGCAU